UAUUUCAGAUUGUCCGUAUCAUGUGUUCAUUGAAGAUUACGGGGACGAUUUCAGAUGAAUAUAAUAUGGAUAUGAAAUUGAUAAAAUGUAAAUAUUAAUAAUAAUAUGGCAAGAAAUAGAGAGAAAAGUGUAAUAUGGUCUAGUGGUUGAGCCAGACAAGACACGACGUGUAAACAAUAACACGCCGAGACACGCGUUGUUCGUCUCCUGGGAGACAUUUAUUUUUCUUCGGAGAUUUAUCGAGUUCUGAAAAUCCGUGAAUAAGAGAUGGUAAAAACCCACAUUACCACGAGUCCACAGCAAUGUUUACAGGCUUAAACCACCACACUGUGAUGCAUGCACAUAUAUAAAUAAUUUAAAAAACAUUGCAGGUUUUCCACAUCCAAGAUUUGCCAAAAGAAUUUUUUUACUAUACAUGUAUAUGUAUAUAUAAUUUAAUAUAUUUAUUAAUAAAACUUCAAUAAAAAAUGGAUGAACCUGCAGAAGAGAUCGAGAGAAAAAAAAUAAAAACUUUUGUGUUUAUAGAUAUUGAAGCUACUGGUUUACCUGGAGAUGAUCCCAGAAUUUUAGAACUUUGUAUGAUAGCUGUGUCCAGAGAGGACCUCCUUAGCAUGAACAGUCCCAAACAGUGUGACUCUGCUGACAGAAAGCAAAACAGUGUUGCACCACCAUUACCACGUGUGCUACACAAGUAUACCAGACUCUUUUAUCCCUGGAAGUUGAUCACACCUAAGCUUGAAAAAAUAACUGGGCUUAGUAAUGACCUGCUUCAUCGUUUGCCAAGCUUUAGUCAGAAUAGUGCAGAGGCAAUUAGUCUGUUUUUAGAGUUACCUAGGCCUCUAGCAAUUGUAGCACAUAAUGGUGACAGAUAUGACUUCCCUUUACUUAAAGCAGAAUUAAACAAUGUACAAUCUUCAUUAGAAAAAUUUUCAUAUUUGCAGUGUGUAGAUACAUUAAAAGCUAUCAAAGACAUUGAUGCUUUUCAAAGCCAGAUUGAAUUGCAAGAAAUAAUGGAAAUUACUGAAAUUGCUGCAUCAUUUUCAUUUGAAGAUAUGGAUGAAGACAUGGAAGAAGCUGCAAUUAAUGAGAGAGGUCAUCCUGUAGAAACAGCAGAAAAGAGGGUGAAUAAUGCAUCUCAUGCAGUUUGUUUGAAUGUGCCCACAUCUCAAGCCCAAGAAGUUAACCACCGCCCAUUAGAAGCCUCAGCAGAACUUCACAUGACACCAAUGAAAGACAUUUCAGCACAGAAAAACAUUCCUUCAACUCCAGUGAAGCUGGCAAAGCCAUUAUCACCUCCAGUUACCCCCAUGUCUACUAAUGCAGAUACUCCAGGUUUCAAUUCUCAGACCCUCAAACAAACUAACAAAGCUCGUCGGCAGUUGACAUAUGAAGGAAAUAGUAAGAGGAAGUGGGACGGAACAAAACCUUAUGCACAGAUAAACAUCUACAAAAGACUCUUUAAAUGUGAGUACCUAGCACACAGAGCAGAAUCAGACUGUCAGGCUAUGUUACAAAUUUGUGGAUAUUAUGGAAAUAAAUUUGUGAAUUGGGCUGACAUGUUUGCAGAAAAAUUUAAUGAUGUUAAGCCAAUGUGGUCAAGGAGACAGGCUUUUAAACUUUCUUGACUUCAAUCAAUAACAGAUUGUAAUUUUAAUAUAAUUUACUUUUUACAAUUUAUGUAUACAAAAACUCAUCAAUUUUAAUACAGCCUCUCCUCACUUAACGACAGGGUUCCAUUCCUAAGAGUAGGUCAGUAAAUGAAUUGGUUGUUAAACAAGAAACAUACUAUACUAGUACAUAGUGGGUUUGUGUCAACCAUCUCUAGAUAUUUUUUAAUGUUACCUUUGCACCAUCUAUAACAUUUCUAGUAUAGUGGUACCCCAAGUUUCAGUCAUAAUUCAUCCCAGAAGGCAGUUCGAGUGCCGUUACCAAACGAAUUUGUUCCCAUAAGGAGUAAUGUAAAUUAGAUUAGUCCAUUUCAGACCCCCAAAAAUACACUUACAAAAGUACAAAACUCGGGAUACCACUGUAUAUGUAUUUUUAAAUGUUUAAACGGUAGUGUACUGUAUACUGUAAUAAACAGAAUAGAGGAAAUCAGCUCUAAUAUACAUUACUUAGGUUUGCAUACUGGUUGGAGAGCUGAUUGUAAGUCUGAGCAGUCAGUAAACGAGUACGUCACUAAGUGAGAAGAGGCUAUAUUUAAUUGGACAUGGCAGAAUUACCCAUUUGUAAUGAUUUUAGACUUUUACUAUUAGAAAUUUUACUAAUGCAGUGUUGAUGGUUCCUUUAAUGUACAAAAAAGUUCAGUUAUAUGUAUAAUAUACUGUACAUAUGUGCUGAAUAUAACAACUUUAACUAGUUCACAAUUCAAACUAUUUAUACACAGUAGGGCCCCGCUUUAUGGCGCUUCGCUUUACGGUGUUCCACUAAUACGGACAUUUCAAAUUAUGACUAAAACUUGCUAUACAGCUCCCCCCACCUAACUCUCUAAUAUGGUCACCAUGUGCCACCCAGUUUGUUUACAUUCUCCAUUAGCACAUCUCUCCAUUAUAUCUGGAAACUUUCCAAAAUUUCAAGUGUUUUAAAGUUACAGUAGACCCCCCAGUUUUCAUAAUUAAUCCAUUCCAGAAAGUUGGCCGAAAUCCGAAAUGGCUGAAAACCAAAGUAAUAUUUCCCGUAAGAAUCACUGUAAAUCCAUUUACACCGUUUCAGACACUCAAAAAUAUUAACAAAAAAUACAUAUUAUAGAGAAUAACCAUAGUUUUACAUUCAGAAAACAAUGAGAAAUAAAUAUAAAUGACUAAUUUUAAUGAUAAAUGAAUGUUACAUACCUUUAUUGAAGACUCGUAUUGGUGAGUAGUAUUUAUUUGUAGUCUCAGGUGGACUACAUCCCAGUGUAUACCUACCGGCUACAUACACUGCGGCCUACAGCCAUAUUAUUACCAUCGACAUACUGUACCAUGUUCACCGAGUUUAAUCAUUUCUCACAAUUACCUUUAGAUGUUAUAAACAAAGGGAGAAAUAAUUAAUAAUUCAUGCCAAGAAUUGUAAACAAAUGCUUAUGUAUUAAGGGCGGUUAAUGGGCCAACGCAGAUUCAUACAGUUUUCUCUAACGCUGGACCAGAGAAAACGUAAUGUUUACCCUCCACCGCAUAUAAACAUUGCAUGUUUAUAUAUGUAACCCUUUUUCUUACAUAAUUUCGAAGAAAAUAUCAUAGAUGGAUUAAUAAAAAUGUCUAUAUUAACCUAAAAUAAGACAUUUAAUGUGCCCAAGAGUUAUUACUAUUAUGUAAUACUGUAUUAGUAUUACUAUGGCAUUAAGAUUAGAGGGACACUGAGUGAACAGGUAACAAAGGCAUGUUUAUACGACAUGUAACGUGUUUCAUACAUAAUUUUGAAGAAAACAUAGAUGGAUUAAUGAAAAUGUCUAUAUUAACCUAAAAUAAUGUGCCCAAGAGUGAGUCACGAAUGUAUGAGUAGCCUAGACGCACGCAUCUGGUACCAACGAUUUCUGAGGGAAUGUAUGAAACUUGGGGGGAAAUUUCGCCAAAAAAAGUGCUCGAAAUCCAAAUUGUACAAUUUCCGCACCAGCCGAAAACCGGGGGUCCACCAUAUUUCAUAUUUUAUAUGUACUCCUAGGUAGUAGGUUGGUAGACAGCAACCGCCCAGGGAGGUACUACUGUCCUGCCAAGUGAGUGUAAAACGGAAGCCUGUAAUUGUUUUACACGAUGGUAGGAUUGCUGGUGUCUUUUUUUUCCUGUCUCAUACACAUGCAAGAUUUCAGGUAUGUCUUGCUACUUCUACUUACACUUAAAUCACAAUACACAUACAUGUACAAGCAUAUAUAUACACACCUCUCUGGGUUUUCUUCUAUUUUCUUUCUAGUUCUUGUUCUUGUUUAUUUCCUCUUACCUCCAUGGGGAAGUGGAACAGAAUUCUUCCUCCGUAAGCCAUGCGUGUUGUAAGAGGCGACUAAAAUGCCAGGAGCAAGGGGCUAGUAACCCCUUCUCCUGUAUAUAUUACUAAAUGUAAAAGGAGAAACUUUUGUUUUUCCUUUUGGGCCACCCCGCCUCGGUGGGAUACAGCCGGUGUGUUGAAAGAAAGAUAUAUACUCUAAUAAUUAUACUUGUCACCCUGCCUCGGUAGGAGACGGCCGACUUGUUGGAAAAAAAAAAAAAUUAUACUUGUGUGUACCUGUACCUAAAUAAACUUCACACACUACUGGCAUGCAGGUACACCUUAACCCUUUCAGGGUCCAGACCCCCAAUCUGAAACUUGUCUACAGGGUCCAAGAAGUUAAAAAAAAAAAAAUUAUUUUAUGAAAUGGUAGAGAAUGCUUUUCUGAAGGUAAUAAAACAAAAAGUAUGAAAUUUGAUGGAAAAUUUACAGAAUUAUGCUUGCAAAUUUUGUUGCAUCAGCAAUUUUGCCCACUUUGACUCCCAUUUUAGGCCAAUUACAUUAUUCCAGUCAACCAAAUUCUUAGCUAUUUCACUAGUAUUACUUCUAUUUCAUCGAUUGAGCACAAGAAAUCGCCCAGUCAACUGUUUCAACUACCCAAUAAAGUGAUAAGAAAUUGGUAAUUUGGCUAAUUUCACACAAAGUUCAAAAUAUUCCAAUUCCAAAAUAAAGUUCAGAAUAAACAAUGUAGGCAUUCCUGGCACCAAAAUAACAUUUCUUCUGUUUAUUAGUUACAUUUCCAGGCUUUAUAAAUGAAUUCCAUUUUGAUUUUUUAUUCACAUGAAUUUUUAUUCACACCAAAAAACAGAAGAUUUACUGUUAUGAAAUAUUAUAAUAAUUGUAUAAAUAAUAUCAGCGCAUUCGUGAAUGCACAUUAGACCCACCAGCUGAUGUAUGUUGGACGCGUGACAUCAUUCGUUUACUCUUGAACAUUGGCAAAAAUCGAACAUUUCCACUACUUUGAGCUCAGUUUCAAGUCAUUUUUUCAGUACUGAAACCAAUCAGAAUAAUCUCUAUUUCUGUAAUAUAUCUUCCAUUCUAUCACAUGAGACCAAGAAACCAUGAAUACAACUGUAAACAUGAAAAAAAUGCAGUUGCUAUUUUAAUCCAAAAAACAUAGUUUUUUUUUUUGUUGCUCACAGUUUAUUUGCAUACUCUGCAUCUCUGUCCUCUCUCAUUUACUUGUUCGCUCUCUCUUUUAUUCAUUUUAUCUUGUUUGCUCACCUCUCACCCUACAUUAAGACUACAGAUUUUUAAGGUAAGUAAUGAGUAUACUGUACAUGCAUUUUAUUCCUCUGUGGUGCUUUAAAUGUACAUUACGUGUGGGUGGACUGGCCAUACCUACCACACCUGACCUCUUACAAUACUGUAAAUACUACUCACCUCUCACCUUAUAUUAAGGCUAUAAAUAUUUUAAGGUAAAUAAUAAGUGUACUGUAUAGGCAUUCUAUCGCUCUAGGGCGCUUUAAAUGUAUAUUACAUGGGGGUGGGGUGGCCAUACCUACCACACCUGACCUCUUACAAUAAAUACUACUCAUCUAUCACUCUACAUUAAGACUACGAAUAUUUUAAGGUAAGUAAGUGUACCGUGUAUGUAUUUUACUUUUUGUUGUUUUAUAAUGCUAGUUCUAUUGCUAACUUAAUAUAUGUUAGUGUAAACUUGUUAUCUGGCAUUUAUAUCAUUUAUAAGUGGAAAAAAUGGCAUUUUGCUUUCCGGCAGUAGCCUGGAGCCUAGCCUGCCAUAUAAGUGGGGCCCUACUGUACUGUAUCAUAAGAUUAUGUUUUAAAACCUGUAAUAGAGCGACUCUUUUACAGUAGUGUUAUAUAUAAAAGAUGUAGAAGUGAUUGUAUUUUAAUGCUUAGCAUUUGCUUUCCUGCUUGACAUGCAUGGGAUUGUGAUCUAGUUCUGUCAGGUACUCAAAGUACAGUAGAAAUAAAUUAAUAAUUUUUGAAGCAAAUUCUAUUUGCCACAAAUUAAUUUGCAAUUAUAGAAAAUUCUUCUGGCUAAUAAAUGGCCAUUUCUUCAAACUUAUGACUUGCCCUUUGUUAAUAUUAACGAAUGGAAAGCAGAAGCAACAGCAGAUCCUUGAAAACUAUAAAGAUCAAUUAAAAAUUAAUUCCUGAAGACAGUUUAUAGUAAGCUUGCUUUUUUUAUGCUCUGAAAAUUUUUAUUCUGUGCUAUCAGUUUGUAUUUAUGCUGUUGUAGUAUUUUCAUGUUAUACUGUAUAUUCUGAAUUAAGUUUAAUUUUAAGGUUAUUAUGCAGUCUGUAAUGUGAUUUUUUUUUUUCACAAAUUUUAUAAAAAAUUAAAACUGAUGAAAUAAAAUACUUUAUAUAUUUUGUGUAUUUAAUAAAUAUUCCUCACAAAUUGUACAUAACUUAAGCUCUAAAACUGUUCAAAAUCUUUAAGUUAACUUUAAACGUUAUCCAUGUGAUAGUAUUAAUUUGUCAAGUAAAAUCGCCUUAGUCAUGUAAUGACCUGCUAAAUAGUAAGAAUUAAAAGUGUAUCUGACUCUCUUCCAAUACAAUAGCUUUGGAACAUUUAUAAUGCUGAGAACAAAGUAAAGAUAAUUAUUAAA